AGUGGGACCCACGUCUCAGUUUUGGCGGGAACUGCGUGUAAAAGGUCGGCGUGACACCGCGACGUGCGACCGACUAACGGGCGGUAGCUUAACCGGGGGAGGUGACCGUACCGCAACAAGAUCCCUUCUGAAUCUCGGUGCCUUCUUCUGUCCUCCCCCUGACCCCGAAUUCAUCGCGUCCAGACCACGGACAACGCGGCAGUCUGAGACAAACAGCGAAUCACCAAGUGGCAUCCUCGUAAAUAAAUCAACAUGAAAAGGGCAAAUACAUCGCAUUAGAUUCCAAAAAUAUAAUCCUUGUGUGGCCUCCCCCUCCCCCUCCUCUCUCCUCCACCCAGAACCUCCCAGCAAAACUUUAACCGCUCCAGAUCUUUGAUUCUCUGAAGAUUGAAACGGAUGCAGAGAGGAAUUCAGAAACUUUCAUUUAGAUGAAGGUUUAAAAGAAGCUUCGUCGAAUAUAGUUCGUUGAGAUGAAGAAAAAACACAGAUUAGAUAAACUCUUGCAUUCAGUCUUUGGCAACCACAGUGAUGACGAGAAUUCUGAAGCUCUGCCAAAUAGGGAAGAAAUUGAUAAGAAUGUGGAGAAAAUACUAAAGAUGCUACAGACUCAAGAGAGUGGUUCAAUUUCAUCUGAGAGUUCAUUCGACAAGUUUGAACUAGCUUCUCUUAUUGAUGGUUUUCACAAAAGGUACCAAGUUGUCCAGUGCCGCUAUGAUCAAUUGAUCGGGAAACUAAAGAAAGAAAUUCGUUCAGAAAGCAAUGACAAUGGAAGCUUUUCAGUUGACUUCACCUCAUCUGAUUCAGAAGAUUCAGAUUCAGGAUCAGAGGAGCUUUCUGAUAAAGGGAAGCUUGAGAAUAUGAAGAUGAAAAAUGUUGAGCUUGAGACUAUGAUUAUUGAGAUGAGUGCAAAGCUUAAAGCGGAAAACACUUCAGCAGCUGAAUUAACUGAACAUGCUAAGCUCUUGCGAGCUGAAAUGGAUCUUCUGAGAACUGAAUUAGAGGCUUCACGGAAGAAGGAAGAAGAUAUGAAUCAAAAGGCACAAAAUUUAUACGAGGAAAAUGACUCUCUGAGAUCAGAAAAUGCUGAAGCUUUUUGCAAGAUUCAUGAGGCAAACAAAUCAUUAAAAGAGUUUCAAUUUGAACUCAAUCACAUAAAAUAUGAAAUGGAUAGAGUUAAGUCUGAAAAUAAUACCUUGAAGGAGGAUUUGGAAAGAACAUCGAAUGAAGUUGCUAGUUUAAACCAGCAACUGAUAUCUACAAAUGAAGAAAAAGAAGCUUUGAGAUCGGGGAACUUUGAAUUUUUGAGGAGGAUAGAGGAGGCAGAGAAAGCUUUAGCAGCUCUCAGAGACGACGCUGACCAGAAGCUUAAAUUAGUUGAAGAGUUGACAUCACAGAAUACUCAUUUGACUUCUGAGAAUGAGGAACUGAAGCAUAGGCUGGAUUCAGAUCUUACAGACAAAAUACAGCCGGCUGAAAAGGCAAUUGAUGAUCUUAAAGCUGGGGGAGAACAGCAAGGAAAUGAUACAUCUCAGCUGCAAGAAAAAAGCAAUGAUCUGACUCUUGAAUUGGAAGUAAUCAAUUUCCAGCUGCAUGAUUUAAACAGAGAACUUAGUGCUGCAAAGGAGGAAAAGAAUGCAUGGUCUUUGGAAGUUUCUGAGAUUCUAACCAAGUUAAAGCAAUCAGAGAGUAAACGGGAAGAGCUUGAAAAUGAGAGAGCACACUUGAGAGAGAAAAUUUCCACAUUGCAUCAGUAUCAGAGUAAGGUUCAGGAGGCUGAGAAGAUCAUAGAUGAUCUCAAGGGCAAAGUGGAGCAGCUUACAGCUGAUAAUUCUCAAUUGAAGACUAAUGUUGGUGAUCUGAGUGUUGAGCUUGAAGCAUCCAAGCUCCAGUUGAUUGAUACAAAUAAAACUGAAAUGCGAAACUUAGAAGUAAGCAGCCUACAGCAAGCAGAAACAGAAGUGAGAAACUUAGAAAAUGAUGAGAUACUAAUGGCUGAGGUGAAUUCUAUGCUACAUAGAAGCUUGCAUGAGGCUGAGCUUAAUGAUUUAAGCCUUGAAAUGGAAGCAGUCACUCCCCAGUUAAUUGAUCUAAACAAAGUAACUGAAGCCUCAGAGGAAGAAAAUACUUCGUUGACCUCAGAAAUUGAAACACUGAAGGUUGAAUUAGGAAAGCUGCAAGAAGCGAAUGCCAUUCUUGAGCAAAAGCAAAAGGAGCUUCGGCAUCAGAAAAUUCAUCUGGAAGAAAAACUAGGGGAGAAGGAGAAAGAGAGAAGCGAUCUCCAAGAAAGUUACAAGGAUGUCUUAAAGAAACUUGAACUCACCAUAAAAGAGAAGGCAGAUAAAGAGAGAGAAAACACAAAACUGUACAAAAGAGCCGAGAAUUUCGAAGUUCAGCUCCGCUUGUCUAACCAAAUGAUUAAGAUCACAGAAACAGAAUGCAAUGAGAAAAUAGAAGAGUAUAAACAAGCAAUGGAAGAAAUGGUAGAAGAUCGCAAAGAAAUGGAAGAUCAUAUGCUGAAAAUAUGUAUAAAGAUGAAUCACUUGGAAAACGAGCUCAGGCACUUCAAAGGAUUUGCAGAGUAUGGGAUUCCAGAUUUAAUCAGACGAUACAAUGAGCUCGAUUCUGCUUUCGUAAUUAACAGCAGUGACACCUUAAAGAAGAUACAUAUGUUUAGUGAAGAGAUAAAGGUAAUGAAGAAGUGGGUCAUAGAGAUGAAGAAUGAGAAACAAGAGCUUUUAGUUAGGGUGAAGUACCAAGAAGGGAUUAUCACUAUAAUGAAAGAUGAAAUGGAGAGCAUUGUCGAUAAGUUAGUUAAUAAGGAGAAAGAGGUAUCUAUCCUCAGAGCACAUGUAAUUGAGUCUGAGGAGAGGAUGAAAGUGUUAGAGGAGAUGCUGAGGGAUAGGAAAAAGGAGGAAUUAGAUAAAGAUGAAGCAAAAAGAGAGGCUAUAAGGCAAUUGUGUCUGCUGAUUGAUUAUCACCGUGAAAACAACGAUCAUCUCUGCAAAUACCUCUCAUCGGUGCUCAAAAGUAAAAGGCGGUGAGCUUCAUUUUUGUUACUCAUCUCUUACUUCAACUUCGUUCCAUGUUUGUAUUCGACGUGUACAGAAGGACGGAGAGACUCGUCUCUAUUAGAUAAGCCUGGAAGCUGUGAGCUCCAAUAAGCUUCUGUAUCUGAGUUUGUUUAUAACUGUAAUUUGCUAAUAAUUAGAUUGUGGGUAUUAUAGAAAGUAUAGCAAUUUGUUGAGUCAAAGGUUACACUGGGAAGUUUCAUUUUCAUCAGUAUCUGAGGAUGGGCAGCUUGUUGCAUUGUAUAUUAACAGAACAAAAAUAUAUAUCAGGUGAUGGUUCCAGACAUAGGAGGAAAUUUUAGUGCCUCCUGGUUAUGUAUUUUGUAUGCCUUGAAAUGAUGCAGAACAAUGUUUUUCUUUGUUUA